GAUGUCCGUGGGCUAGUGUUUAACGCUUGACCAGGGUGGCUUUUAGCUGAGCUGGCUGUGGGGGACUUCCUCAGUCUACUAGCAGAUCUUUCCUGCUCCUCCUCCUCCUUCCAGGAGGAACAACAACUACUUCGACACUCUACGACUUCCAUCUUUUUGUUUUAGGUCGACAUCAUGGAUCCCGCCGCUCAAGCAGAUAUCAACCUCAACUCGCCCAACAAGGGUCUGCCCGUGGACAAUUCCACCGGCCUGUCGGACUUCCCGGUGGACGGAGCUCCGGGGAACCCGGCCAACACCCUCCCGCCGGGCCUGACCGAGGAGGAGGCCGAGGAGCUCCGCGUCGAGCUGGGCAAGGUGGAGGAGGAGAUCGGCACGCUCCGCCAGGUCCUGUCAGCCAAAGAGAGACACGCCGCAGAGCUCAAGAGGAAGCUGGGCCUCAGCCCGCUCACCGAACUCAAGCAGAACUUCACCAAGAGCUGGCAGGACGUGCAGACGUCCAACGCAUAUCUGUCUGCCUCGUCUACUUUGGAAGACAUUUCCCGCUCGGAAGCGUACAAGAAGACCCAGGAGACCCUCUCCCAGGCGGGGCAGAAGACCACCGCCGCCAUCUCCACCGUGAGCUCCGUCAUCACCAGGAAACUGGGCGACAUGAGAGCACUUCCUUUCUCCAAUUCCUUUAGUAGCAACUAUUCCAUUCGUCACUCCAUAAGUAUGCCAGCUAUGAGGAACUCGGCCACCUUCAAGUCGUUUGAGGACAAAGUGGGCAACCUGAAAUACAAGGUCGUUGGCCCCGGAGGAGAUCGCAGCGCCGCAGACUCUCCCGCCGACUCCACCCCAACUCAGGAAAACCCGCCUUUCUGAGCCCGCCUCCUCCUCCCUCACCACCUGAGAGUCUUCUCACCGCCUCCCUUCGCAGAGACGCCGCCAAACCUUUGACCCUCGUGCCGUUCCAAGGCCUCAGCCGGAACCAUUUUAACAACCCGCUUCUUUCAUUGCCGCUUUUUUUUCUCCCCUCUCCACAGAGCCAGCGCUUUUGUUCCUCCCGUCUUACUUCCUGUCCGCCCUCCGACACUGUGAGCUAGCAUCGCAAGCACUCCUCCUCGCGGGACACUCGCAGGUUAGCGCUUAGCACAGGAGGAGGAGGGCGCACAUCCCCCCCCCCCCGGCAUUGCUCGUACACACCUCACUUCAGCAACCAAGCAUUACUCCACACAGGAAGUGGGGGGAAAAAAACAUUUUGUAUGCUAAUCAAUUUUACAGUUAAUUGGCAUCAAGUUGCAACACCGGCUUUGAGAGGAGAGCAAGCGAGCAGCAGGGGGCAGCACUUGCACUCCAUGCUAACCAGCAGGGGGCAGCACUUGCACUCCAUGCUAACCAGCAGGGGGCAGCACUUGCACUCCAUGCUAACCAGCAGGGGGCAGCACUUGCACUCCAUGCUAACCAGCAGGGGGCAGCACUUGCAGUCCAUGCUAACCUGCACUUAAAGCCAAGUUGAUUGGAUGUCAGGAUGGCACAUGCUGACAUUUGCAAGCUUUAUUUUCUUCUGUUUGUUACUUUCUUUACUGCUCCCCCCAAAACAUGUCUGUUAUUCACUUUAUAAAACUGCUUAUUUUAUUGUUGUCACACCAACUGCAGACGAGAAGGAAGGAAAACUAGUGAAGAAACAGCUGGUUGAAGACGUGUUUGUGUGUGUGUGUGUGUGUGUGGAUGACUGGUAGCCUGGAUUACAUUAUUAUUAUAUUAUUAUUAUUAUUAUUAGUCAUCACAUGGGGAGAACUAGAGUCAAUGACUUUGGUUCUGUUUGAUUUACCAAUAAAGCAUUCCUUUAAAUCAG